AUCAAACGGUUAGCGCAUUUACUAUGGAAUCAAAUAUUCCGGCACAAAUCUAGCGAUUGAAAACUUCCAAAAAUACUCGCGCCUGGAGUUGUUCGAUUUGAGUUUCCAUUUUUGUGCCGCAAAAACAACGAAGAAGAAAGGAAAAGUGCAGUUAAGAUGGAAGAAGAUGAUGAUUUUCAAAGUCAGAGCACGAGACGAAUGAGCGCUCGACUGAAUCCAGUACUCGUGAUUCAGAGAUCUUUCAAGGAAACUGAAUUGGAGAAUAUUGAGAGCAUGCGCAUUAACUGCUACUGCAAUCUGAGUGAAGUCGUGAAGAGGAUAUUGAUGAAACUGAAUCCAAAUGAAGUAGAGGAGUUCAGAAAGACAGUGUUCGGAUGGGUUUUGGAUGUGGACGAAAUGAAAAAAAUCAGUGGUCAACUGCAGCUCGGUUUUCUAUGCAACUAUGUGAAGAAGGUAAACCACAUAAAAGAGACAGAAGCUAUUCGCUUCCACAUCCAAAACAGUGUAAUUAGCUUUACCAAAAAAGAUUUAUGCAUGGCACUAGGAUUGAAAAUGGAUGCUGUGAAACCAAAUUUAGAAGAGGAGAUGAAAGGACCUUUCUGGGAAAAAUACUUUGGAAAAGCAAGUGUGAAAAGAAGAGAGGUACAAAAUGCAUUGAUGGAAUAUAAUAGUGAAGAAGCAGGAGUUGAACGAAAUGAUGGUGUGAAGCUUGCUCUACUCCAUGUGCUAUCACAUGGAUUAUUUGGGAACCAAGUGGCUAGGGAAUUACCAAGCUCUUAUGUGAAUCUGGUAGAAGAUUUAGAGGCAUUCAACACAUAUCCAUGGGGUGAAGAUGUUUGGGCAGAUUUGGUGAGCAACAUGAGGACAAAUGCCAAGAGCCUUAAGAAGUGCAAGGGAGAACGUGUGACUGUACCAGGAUGUCUAAUAGCAAUACAAGUCUGGGCGUUUGAAACUUUUACAGGGUUGGCAAAGGCAGAUAUAUGCAAGGUAAUUGAAGGGAGAGAAAUGUCAAUUCCAAGAGCAGUGAAGUGGGAGUUCCUAAAAAAGCCGCAUUUAGAAGUUUUCUGCAACAUAAUCUUCAAAAACAAAGAGUUUGAAUGGGAAAGGAUGCAGGCUACAAGUUUGGAAAUUGAAAAAUUUCCAAAUUUGCGGCCUAAUACUGGUGGCAUAGUUGGAGAGAGAAUUGAAAGUGUGAAGUUAUUCGAAAAAAAAGAGAAGAAAGGGAAGCAGAAAAAUACAAGGAUUGGGAGAAAAAGAAAAAAUAAAGAAGAUGUGCAGGAAGAGGAUGAUGAUGAUAAAGGCACAGUGGGCUUUGGCUAUGAGAGGAAAGUUAAUGUUGUGUUGAGACAGGUCAGGAAGCUUAGCAAAGAAAAUGCCAAACUAAUGGCAGAAAUGAAACAAUUCAAGAAAUCACAGAAGAGGCUUGAGAGAUUUCUUAAGCAAAUAUUGGAAAGGUUAGAUAACCAAGAGAAGGGUAAGCAGAUAACUGAGGAGAGUACAGAUGAAAGCACUGAAAAGGAGCAGGAAGAAUCAAAUGAAAAAUCAGAGAGUGAAGAUGACAAGAAUGCUGAAAGCACUGAAAAGGAGCAGGAAGAAUCAAAUGAAAAAUCAGAGAGUGAAGAUGACAAGAAUGCUACAGCUUCUGAAGAUAAUGUUGAAGGUGAGGUGGAAAGCAGUUUGCCAAAUUUUAAUAUUUUUGGACCAGAGACUCAGGAGAAAUUAAAGAAAGCAGAUGAAGGUGAAAGUGUGGAAGAAAAAGAAGAAGGAGAUGCAACUGAGGCAAACAAGACUGUUGACAAGAAUGCUAUAGAUGCAGCAACCGAGGGUGGAGUAAUGGAAGAAGAAGUUGAGAAGAAUGAUAAAGAUGCAGCAGAGGAGGGUGCAAGAAUAGAAGAAAAAGAACAAGAAGCAAGUGAGAAAGGUAAAAACAAUGUAAAUGAUAAUGAUGCUUGGGGAGAUGUGAACACACAAUUUGUGAAUGAAAUGAUCACAAGUGUGGAAGAAGUAGAGAAACAGAUGCUAGGGAGUAAUUCAAGAAAAGAGAGCACAAAUGCCAACAUCAAUGUGAAAGCGCAGGAUAGCGAAAAAGGAAAUGAAGAGAAUGAAAUGAGGGAAAGCAUGAGCAAGGGUGAAGAAACAGAAAAGGAUGUGAAAACCAUAUGCGCACAAGUGAAGAGACCAAAGCGCACUGCAAGGACCCCAGACAGAUAUACACCUGCAGAAAGUAGAAUUCAGGCAAAGAGAAGAAGGAAGGAAAUAGCAAAAAAAAGGGAUGAGGAAACUUUUUUUCCUCCAAGAGAAUAUGGACCGUUUGCGGAAGACCCAACUGAGCAACCACCAGUAGAAGAAAUGAAUAAGGUGGCAGAAUAUCUGAAAGUUGGACUGUUGAAGAGACUGACAAAAAAGGAUGGUGAUAGAAAGUACAGAAUGGAUGAGGAUAAGAUGCACGGUGUCCCAUUUCUUCUGGAUAUGCACAAAAUAGAGUCCAAAACGUGGUUGUACAAGUUGUUUGUCAAUCCAGAAUGGCUAGAUGAUACGCAUAUGGAUGUGGGAAUGUUUUACUUGAAUAUGAAACAAGUGCACUACAAGUUGAAGGGCCCCAAAUACACCACAUGUGGACCAUUUUUUAUGCAGGUGCUCAGGCGUGAAAAUGAGGCAGUUAAGAAGGGUGAGGAAUCAUUCAAAACUGCAGUAGACAAUUCGAUAAUUGCAGACGAUAUCUUAGGGAUUGCUUAUCCUUUUGAUCGGAGUUGGGCACAAUCAGACUUCGUUUACAUACCUCUCAAUACCGGAAACCACUGGGUACUACUAGUUUUGGAAGUAAAUGAAAGAAAAAUAAGGAUUUACAACUCCAACAGCAGAAGGGCAGAUUCUUUACGCGAAAUUAGGCCUUAUGUGCACAACAUUGAGUGGUUCCUGCCAAAAAUAAUGGACAUGCAUGGAGUGUAUCAAGACAUUGGGCAGGAGCCGAUGAAUGAGAAAAAGAUUGAAUUGGAAGCUGUGGAGGACUGUCCUCAACAAGAUGAUGGAGGGAACUGUGGCAUGUAUGUUUUGAAGUUUGCUGAAUUUCUUAUGAUGGGGAUGGAUAUAAAAGAGGUUGCCUCACUGGACAUGAGCAUGUAUCGGCAGAAAAUGGCAACAGAGUUGUUCUUGUAUAACGCAAAGAGGACAAAGGAAUGUAAACUGAAGGAAUCUUAGAGCAGUAUGGCAGAAGACAAAGUACAAGGCUGGUGUGAUGAUGGUUUAUGGAUGAAUAUGUUUUUAAUAUUUGAAUUUUUUGUAAUGCUGUUUGAUUGUUUUUUGCAAUACUGUUGACAUAAACUUACUUUUGCGAAGCACAAUAUGCUGACAAUAUAUGUGGCAUAAUCUCAUAUACUAUGUUAAAAUAAAGAAAAAAAAUCUCA